GGCCUUGGUCUCUCUGCUUGAAAUCCAUGCCGAAUUCCCUUAAUGGUGGCCAGGUCCCCCACCCUACUCUGGAUACAGUUGACCUGGUGGACUGGAGUCUGAGAAAUGCAGGGACCUCCAAUUCUCUCCCAGGCUUAGAGGAGGGAGACACAGACCCCCCGGCCUUCCCUCAGCUGAAGGACACUGGCCAGGCAAAAGAUGUCAGCGUGGACAGCAGGCUUCGCCUGGUGGUCAUCGGCUUCCUCAAGGCCUGUGGACUCCUGGGAAGCCUCUACUUCUUCAUCUGCUCCCUGGACAUCCUCAGCUCUGCCUUCCAGCUACUAGGCAGCAAAAUGGCUGGAGACAUUUUUAAGGACAAUAUGGUGCUGUCCAACCCCGUGGCGGGCCUGGUCAUUGGCGUGCUGGUCACAGUCCUUGUGCAGAGCUCCAGCACAUCUUCCUCCAUUGUGGUCAGCAUGGUAGCCUCCAAAUUGCUGACCGUCCAGGCCUCUGUGCCCAUCAUCAUGGGCGUCAACGUGGGCACGUCCAUCACCAGCACCCUGGUCUCAAUGGCGCAGUCAGGGGACCGUGAUGAGUUCCAGAGGGCUUUCAGCGGCUCAGCUGUGCAUGGCAUCUUCAACUGGCUCACAGUGUUGGUCUUGCUGCCACUGGAGAGCGCCACAGCUGCACUGGAAAGGCUGAGCAAACUGGCCCUGGGCGCUGCCAGCCUACAGCCAGGCAGGCAGUCUCCUGACAUCCUCAAAGCGGUGACACAGCCUUUCACACACCUCAUCAUCCAGCUGGAUAGCAGUGUGAUCACCAGCAGUGCUACUGGAAACACUACCAACAGCAGCCUGAUUAAGCGGUGGUGCAGCACCAGGGUGAAGAUGUCCCAAGGGAACAGUGAGGAAUGUGGCAUCUUCACUCCCUGCACUGAGAGGAAUAGCACAGCCAUCUCGGAGGAGGAAAAACUGCCCUGCCACCACCUGUUUGUGGGCUCAGGGCUCACAGACUUGGCUGUGGGCUUCAUCCUGCUGGCGGGCUCUCUGUUGGUGCUCUGUGCCUGCCUGGUUCUCAUCGUGAAGCUGCUCAACUCUGUGCUGCAGGGGCGCAUUGCACAGGCUGUGAGGGCUGUCAUCAAUGCAGAUUUCCCCUUCCCCUUUGGCUGGCUCAGCGGCUACCUGGCCAUCCUUGUGGGUGCCGGCCUGACCUUCCUGCUACAGAGCAGCAGUGUCUUCACAGCAGCUGUAGUGCCGCUUAUGGGGGUUGGAGUCAUCAGUUUGGAACGGGCCUAUCCCCUCUUUCUGGGCUCCAACAUUGGCACCACAACUACAGCCCUGCUGGCUGCCCUGGCCAGCCCUGCGGACAUGUUGCUUUUUGCUGUCCAGGUUGCUCUCAUCCACUUCUUCUUCAACCUGGCUGGCAUACUGCUGUGGUACCUGGUGCCUGUCCUGCGGCUGCCCAUUCCACUGGCCAAGAGCUUUGGGGAGCUGACGGCUCAGUAUCCCUGGGUGGCCAUUGUCUACCUACUACUUACCUUCCUACUGCUGCCCCUAUCAGCCUUUGGGCUCUCCCUGGUGGGGGGCCCAGUGCUGGCUGCUGUUGGGGGUCCCCUUGUGGGACUGGUGCUCCUCAUCAUCCUGGUUAAUGUCCUGCAAAGGCACCGGCCAUCCUGGCUGCCCCGCUGUCUGCGAUCCUGGUCCUGGCUGCCUCUCUGGCUCCAUUCUCUGAAGCCCUGGGACCACUUGGUGACCAGCUGUUGCCCCUGCAGGGCUUGCAGCAACCCCCAGGCAACCACCAAAGAGGCUCAUUGCCAUGAUAACCCUGAAGUCCUAGCGUCACAGCAGUUGUGA